AUGGCUAGUGCUAAGUUUCACGAGAUUCUUUCGCCCGUGGGAACCCCGCAGGAAUGCCCUGCGCGCAACGAAGGCUCUUGCAAGCCUAGUCCGGAACAGUACAUCGCAUGGGGAACAGAAGAGUGCUGGAAUGAUAAUGAUGUGGCCAUGCGGGGGGCCAGAAACCUCCUCGACGUUUUAGGCCACUGCUCGCGUAUGGAGGCUACACAUCACCGUAAAACUUCAGGCCAUCCAUCAGGAGAUUUGUACUGGCAGAUAACCAUCCUGGAUGAACAGAUUGAUGCAGUGGAAAGCAUCCCAGAAAUUCGUGAAGUAGAGCUCGCAAACUCAGGUUUCGAUCCUCAUUACGAUGUUGGAAGACCUAUACCUAACAGGGAGAAAAGGGCGAUGAAACCAUCCAAGCCUAGAUGGAUGCCUAGGGAUAUGGACUUAGUCGGCGCGGGGAUGGCCGGCUGCUUUAGAUUUAACUAA